AUGUCCAGCCGCAGGACCUACAGAGAUGCUGUCGAUAGCCUCAACUCUCUACAGACAAACGCUGCUGCUCUGGAGGUCGUCCGAGCGUCUGGUGGGCGGUCCAGCGCGUUCGCGAUCCCUGAAAUGAUUGAAUACCUGGGUCCCGCCGACCUGAAUGCUCUGAACGUCAUUCAUAUCACUGGGACUAAGGGCAAGGGAUCUACGAGCGCUUUCACGGACAGCAUUCUCCGGACGACGCGCCCCGAAUGGAAGAUCGGUCUGUACACCUCUCCACACUUGGUCGCUGUGCGGGAGCGCAUCCGCAUCGAUGGCAAACCGCUCUCUGAGGACGAUUUCGCCAAGUUUUUCUUUCAAGUUUGGGAUAAGAUGAUUGAGAACAAGACUCGUGUAGAAACAACUCCACAGAUGCCAGGGUACUUUCGCUUCCUGACCCUCGUCGCGUUCCACACCUUCUAUUCGCUUAAAGUCGAUGCGACGAUACUCGAAGUUGGUAUCGGUGGUACCCAUGACAGCACGAACAUCGUUCCAAGACCGAUCACCACCGGUGUCACCGCUCUCGGCAUUGACCAUGUCAGUGUGCUGGGCAAGACAAUCCCGGAAAUAGCAUGGCAAAAGGGCGGGAUCUACAAAGAAGGAGUCCCGGCGUUCUCCGUAGAUCAGCCCCCGGAAGGUCUCGAGGUUCUGCGACAGCAAGCUAAAGAUCUUAAGGCAGCGAACUUUACCGUCGUCCCCGUCAUGCCUGAACUAUGCACACUCAAGCUUGGAUUGGCCGGAUCGCACCAGAUACAAAACGCAUCGCUUGCAGUCCAACUGGCUAAAUCGUUCCUGGACGUCCGAGGGCACCCAAUACCUGAGGGCCCUCUUCCAGAAACCUUUUUCCGGGGUUUGGAGAAUGCACGGUGGCCGGGACGAUGCCAGACAGUCGAAGAUCCAGUUCAUCCGAAAACAACAUGGUACCUCGAUGGAGCACACACUCUCGAGAGUCUGGAAUUUUGCAUCCAGUGGUUCGUCAGUCCGGGUGUUGGACUUCCCACCGAGAACAGCAAGAAGCCAACCCGGGUGCUGAUCUUCAACUGCACGAACGGCAGAUCUGGAGCUGCGUUUCUCGAGCUGAUGUAUACCCACGUGGCCUCCCGCUUGGAAAUGUUCGGGUCGAAGGAAUCUGUCGAGACAUUCUUUGACCAGGUGAUAUUCUGCACGAAUGUGACCUACGUCGACGGCGGCUUCAAAGGAGAUCUCACCUCACUUGCCAUCCCCCAGUCUGAUCUGACCGAACUCAAGACCCAGCACCAGCUCGCUGCUGCUUGGUCAGCGCUGGCCCCCGGUUUCCCUGCAGCCAAUAUUCACGUGCUGCCGUCCAUCGAACACGCUGUCAAUGCCGUGCGCAAGCUGGAAUCAGAGCAGGAGCAGCUCAGUGUGCUCGUGGCAGGCAGUCUGCACCUCGUCGGAGGUGCCAUCGAGGUCGCUGGGCUGUCGUUUUCGCUUUAGACUGACUGACUAGAUCGCUUUCGUAUAUUGCUAUCAUCCAUGCCUUCAACAGGUUGUAAUACACUAUGUACUCACUAGAUUAUACACUAACGCCUAUUCCGGAUCGUCUCUCCGUGAAAUGAAAUCGCCUGCUUAUCCAGGAAGUCGCGGAGUUGA